AUGUCAGUCGAGGUAACGGUCGACAAGAAGGGAUCUUCUACGAACCUUCGCAGCUCCGCGUCCUCUACCACGUCCGCCGGAAAGAAGAGCUCCACAGGUUCGGAUGCUCCGAAAAAGAGCUCCGCAAGUUCCGGCGCGAGUUCCGCUCCCAUCGUCUCCAAUUCGUCAGCCUCAGGAGGCGUCACGACGACCAACAGCAGCGGGCCGGGCGGCGGCGGCGCGGGCAGCGCGAAGAAGUUCAAACUGGCGGAGCUGAAGGCGGCGACGAACUCGUUCAGCAAGAAGGGCGUGCUGGGCGAGGGCAGCUUCGGGGAGGUGUACCGGGGGGUGCUGACGGACAAGGUCACGGGCGAGGUCACCAAGGUGGCUGUCAAAAUGCUCAACGCGGAGAGCUCCCAGGGCAUGGACGAGUGGCUGGCGGAAGUGCUGCUGUUGCCGAGCCUGAACCACCCGAACCUGGUGCGCUUGGUGGGGUACUGCGCGGAGAAGGGCGAGGCGCUGCUGGUGUACGAGCUCUGUGAGAAUGGCAGCCUCGACGACAAGCUCUUUCCCUCGCGCAUGGACGAGGUGUUUGACUGGAAUUCGCGGCUACGAGUGGUGCAGGGCACAGCGGGCGCGCUGGUGCAUCUUCACGAGCACAACGUGAUCCAUCGCGACCUCAAGCCGUCCAACAUUCUGCUGGGGGAGGGCAUGGAGGCGAAGUUAACGGACUUUGGGAUGGCGAAGCAGGCAGCGGAGGGAGUGAGCCAUGUGAGCACGCGCGUCAUGGGCACGCUGGGCUACCUCGACCCUGCCUACAUGGAAACAGGCUGCCUUCGAGAAAAGAGUGACGUGUUCUCGUUCGGAGUGAUCCUGCUGCAGGUGCUGACAGGCAAGGACGCAGUGGACGAUCGGAACAUCAAGCUGGCAGCCGCCAUGCACAAGCACCUGCACCCCAACGUGGCGGACCCCGACAAGUGGAUCGACCCAAAGCUGCAGGGCAAGUACCCGCGGAAGGGUGCUCUCAUGAUGGCUGCGAUCGCCAAGCAGUGCAUUGCUGAUAAUGCCGAGGACCGCCCGGAAAUGAGCGACGUGGAAGAGUUUUUGAACGACAUCCAGAUGAUUUCUUUGCUCGAGAGCAUUGCGAGCGGGGAUGAGAUCGUUGCAGGGAGAGUGGACGAAAUGGAAUCCGAAUUGGAAGAGGCGUUGUUGGGAAGGAAAAAGGGGAAUGCAGCAGCGGGAAAGCUUUUGAGCGUCACACCACUAGACGGUCAGCCGACAAGCCUCACGGUCGGCGACAAGCACCGCUCCCCACCGCUCUCUGUUUCCGUGGCCCCGCAGUCCCUCUCUCCCGCCUCCCCUGCAGCAGUCAAUGCCUCGCAACGAGCGGACUCGUUACCGGCACAAGCGCCGCCGUCCCUUCCGGCUCCAGACGCGGCAGCAGCAGGGGAAAGCCAGGUUUCCGUAGCAGCGGCCUCUGUACCCGCUCCUUCAAUCAACAGCACGUCAGAAACUGGGAGGGCUAAUGAUGAUGCUGCUGACUGGGGGAGGGUGAACUGGGGGAGGGCCAUUACCCUGAAGGAGAGGGAGGCGGAGGAGCGAGCCAAAGUGGCUGCAAAGCGGUGCUAUGGGAUGCAGAGGGCGUACCGCACGGGGUUUGAGAGGGGCGGCAUGGCGUGGGAGCCACGGGCUGAUCGCUACGUGCUCAUGGACUGCCAUCGCAACCAGCUGAGCAACCGCAUUCGCUGCAUAAAGAACCAUCUGGUGGUGGCGGGCGUGUUCAACCGCACACUCGUGGUGCCGCUGCGAGCAGACGAGGUCACCCGCCACUACGACCUCCGCACCUUCUUCCACCUCCCGCACACGCGCCUGUGCUACGGGCCACAGUCAGUGAUCUCCCUGGACGACCUACUCGCCCUGCCUGUUGCGCCAGCCCUUGCAGCUGGGUUGGAACCUGCACCAGGAGCUGCCCCUCGCGACGACCUCCCCUCACUCUCUGGCGUCACCUACCCGCCGAACCUCCUGCUCACGAUCGGCAACACCUCCAAUCCUCUGGAGAUCCCGAAGCUCCUGGCGCUGCAGUCUCUGAUACAGCCAACCGCUAGGGUUGUUCUGUUGGGAGAUUUAGGAUCCAUGCAUAUCACGUUCCCAGGGAAACAUUACCUGGACGUCCCCUUUAAGCAGAGUCCUGAGUGCCCGAAUGCUCUGGCUGUGGCGCCACACCCUGCUAUUCUGGAAGCUGCGAGGGAGUUUGUUUGGAGUGUGGUGCUGCCCGGUGCCAGGAGGGAGUGGGAGGCUGCUGAUACUGCUCUGGGAAGGGGAGGAGGUAAAGUUGGUAACCAGCAGCAGCUGCAGCAGCAGGAGGAGGAGGGAAGGCAAGGGGGAACGGAGCAGGAGGGAGGGCAUGCAGUUGGUCGGGCAAUUGGUCGGUACGUGGGGGUGCAUUGGAGGCGAAGGGACCUGAUGCAGCACAGCAAUCCCAAUGCGCGGCUCACUGUGGAGCAUGCGGGUGCAUGCCUGCUGAAGGCCUUAGGCAUGGCUGGAAACAUCACCACCAUGUUCCUUGCCUCUGAUGCUGACGACCACGAGGUGGAGGUGCUGGAGAAAUUCAUGAAAGAUAGGAUUCCAGGUUUCAAGUUUGUUCUAAGGCCCAAGUCUUUUGAAGACCAACCAUGGGCAGCGGUGCUCAAGCCUCACAAAUUCCAAGAUGAUGUGUCGGUGACAGCUACGCUAGACACGGCGAUUUGUGCCAUGGCUGAUGUGUUUCAAGGAACUGCCGCCUCGUCGCAACAGCUGCUUCCGCCGUGUGCGCAAUGGAAGGAUUUUCAUGACAUCAAGCGGAGAACCGCGAGGAGGCUGUUCGCGGUCCCGGAUAGCGCUGGCACGCGGAGUUUGCGCGGAAGUUCCCGCGCGUCCUAUGCGACGGGAAGAGAGCAGCGGGAUGGCGCGCGGAUGAACCGGGAUGUGUGGACGCGGGAGGAUGGCGCAAGCGGCGGAAGGGGAAGAGCAGGGGGAAGAGAAAACGAGGGGGGAAGACGAGGGGGAGCGGAAAGAUGGGGACGAGGCCGUGAGGAAUCUGUUUCAGGGAGAAGAGGGUUUAGGGGGGAUGGCGCAGGACGGGGAGGUGCGCGCGGGGAGAGGAGGGGGGAAUGGAGGCGGAACGGGGGAGGGGAGCGACAGGGGGAGCCGGAGGAAGGACGCGGGGUGAAGGACACGGGUGGAUGGGUGAGGGAGGUGGGGGAGGGGGAGCAGCAGGGGAAGGAGGAGGAGCAGGAGGUAAUUCGGGAGGAGAUAUCACCGCACAGAGCAGCGGCCGCCGUGCGUCUCUUGAGAGUGGAGCAAGGGGGGGCCUAUGCCGACAUUCUCUCAGGCGCGGCAGCAGGGGAGGGGGCGGGGGGGUGGGAGCUGGAGAUGCAGUAUGUGCGGCGCACGCUGGGGUUUGGCGUUUUGCCUCUGGAGGGGCGGGGAAGGCGCCAGGUCACCGAGCUCGUCGCAGGUGUCACCCGGUGGAGGCGUUAUCUGGACUUUCUUCUCUCGGAGUUUUUUUCGGGCAGCCCGAAUGAGCUGGAGAGGAUGGAGCCGCUGCUGAAGCAGAUUCUCCGGUUGGGGAUGUUUGAGCUUGCUAAGAUGGACACACCGCCACAUGCUGCAGUCAAUGAGGCAGUCAAGCUUGCUCGGGCAGCCUUACGACCCGGAGCCGCCUCAUUGGCCAAUGCUAUUUUGCGGGCAGCUGUUCGGGCACAGGUGCAAGGCCCCCUGCCGACCCCGUCAUUGCACGAGGCAAUGACGGAUCGGGACAAGGCACGGGCGCUCGCCACUCUGCACUCACACCCCGUGUGGAUGGUGCGGCGGUGGGCUGACAGGCUGGGGUGGCGAGAGGCAGAGAGGCUGAUGGAGAGCAACAACGCACGCCCUGUCUUCUCCCUCAGGCUGGGGUGGCGAGAGGCAGAGAGGCUGAUGGAGAGCAACAACGCCCGCCCUGUCUUCUCCCUCAGAGAGGCUGAUGGAGAGCAACAACGCACGCCCCGUCUUCUCCCUCAGGUGAGGCGAUCUUUGAGGCGCCUGAACAAGCUCGCCUCACGGUUAGAGGCACCUCAAAAGCCGACAGGCUGGGGUGGCGAGAGGCAGAGAGGCUCAUGGAGAGCAACAACGCACGCCCCGUCUUCUCCCUCAGGUGAGGCGAUCUUUGAGGCGCCUGAACAAGCUCGCCUCACGGUGGAGGUGGAGGAUUCACCAUACCUGGACGAUUUCAUCCGCGUGAAAGCGGGCAUGCAGCAUGUGCUCACGGCGGGACUCAUAGAGGACGGGUCGUGCAACGUACAGGAUGAGAGUGCGGGGCUGGUGGUGCGGGUGCUGGCGCCUCAACCAGGAGAGACGGUGGUGGACUGCUGUGCUGCGCCCGGGGCAAGGCCAUAUAUGCCGCUGGGCUCAUGCAAGGCUCAGGCCAUGUAUGCCGCUGGGCUCAUGCAGGGGACAGGGCGGCUGGUGGCAGUGGAUGUGAACAAGGGGCGGGUGAGGAUGGUGGCACAGGCAGCUCGGCACAGUGCUACGGAUGUACACCUCUUGCCACACACCCCCCCCCAUUCUGUCUCUGUUACGUGCCUCUCACCAGCAGGGCGGCUGGUGGCAGUGGAUGUGAACGAGGGGCGGGUGAGAAUGGUGGCGCAGGCAGCGCAGCGCCAGGGGCUGGACAGCAUGGUGCAGUGCGUCUCUGCUGACCUGCGCUCCUACGCUGCGUCAUCUCCCCUGCGUGGCGCAGCAGACCGAGUGCUGCUGGAUGCGCCCUGCUCCGGCCUUGGAGUGCUGGCCAAGAGGGCGGAUCUGAGGUGGAGGCGGACAGUGGAGGGGGAGGCGCAGCUCACAGCACUGCAGGACGACCUGCUGGACGCUGCUGCCAGUUUGGUGCGGCCGGGGGGGCUGUUGGUGUACUCGACGUGCUCCAUAGAGCCAUCGGAGAACGAGGACAGGAUUGUCAACUUCCUGCAAACACACCAUGAGUUUGUGUUGGAACCACUCGAUGCAACGCUGGCAAUGUCGUGCCAGGGACUGGCCAUGCUUGAUCCUCCUAGAGACAGGCAGGGCUUCCCCGAAGCGGCAGGACGCGGGGAUUUUGUAGGCUCGGGGCCAAGCGGAGGAGGUUCGGCGAGAGCAACAGCAGGUUCCGCCUAUGGAGGAGACGGCGGAAGCGGGGAAGGAGGCGGAGCAAGCGGAGCAGGUCCUCCUGCAUUGCCCGCGCGCGGAGGCGGUCGAGUUUCCGCUAUCCGCAGCUUCUUUCCUCGCAGCCGGUCGGUUUCUGUGGAUUAUUCCGCCUCCCCCUCCUCUCCGCUGGGUCUCCCCGGAAGCGGCGGCAGUACCAGGCGCAACUCCGAGUCGGAAGAUCCGCGCCGCUCCUCCCCCCUCGGGUCCCCAGGUGGUCCGCGCAGCGGGGGAGGCGGUACGGCGGGGGAUCCGCGGCAAGCAUUACGACCUCCGCCGCAACCUAGCACCACCGGCGGCGGCGGCGGCGGCGGCGGAGAUGGAGUAUCCGGGGGACCAACCAACAGUUCCGUUCAACGGCUGCGGUCGAACCGCCACCUACGCACACAAUCCGUCGACGUAUCGUCCGUCGAUUUCGCCUUCCACGUUCCCGAUCAAGGGGGGCUGGAGGCGCAGGGGGCACCGGGCGCAGCGGAAGGAGUCGGCGCAAGGGGAAGCGCGGGGGAAAGGCCAGGGGGUCCACCCCCAAAGUCCCCCUCGGGAUUCAGAUUAGGGUUUGGGCUGGGGAUUCGACCCAGCAGCAGUCACGGCGGCCGCCCCAAUACCAGCCAUGGGCGCCUGGGGGGCGGAGCAGCGUCGGUGAGGCCGGGAAGCGGCGGAAGCAGACCGGGAAGCGGGGGGAGCAGACUGGGAGGCGCGUUUGAGGGGAGCGGCGGUUCGGAGCAGAGUCAGGAGCGCGGCGGCCGGGCGCACGGGCGGCGCGCGUCGGUGGACUUUGGGUCAAUGGGCGCAGGUUUCCCCGCGUCCGCCAGCGAGCCGCUAUCCCCGUUUGAAGCAGCCAAAGCGUCGCUUUUCGCGAGUCAGCAGCGCCAGCGGGCGGGGAUGGGGGGAGGGAUGGCGGAAGGAAUGGGGGGAGGCGCGGGCGGAGGGAUACCGAGGCACAGCAGCGUCGACGGCGCCGGGCGCGCGAUUGAGUCCCCGCGGUCAGCAGCUAGGCGCGGGCUGCAGUACGGGUUCGGUUCGGAUAACCGCGGAAUGGAGGUUCGGGCCGAGGCUCGGAGCCCUGUAAUGCUCGGAGCACGCUCUCGGCACAGGCUCUCCGCAGGUUCGGACUCUGUUGAUUCAGGUGGGAACGAGUCUCCUGGGUUUUCACCUGAGGGUUCGGUGUCUCCGCAUGGGGGGGUGCUGCCGGGGAGCAGAAGCACGGGAAGCGCGCCGAUGGGGGGAUUCGCGGGGGGGAUGUCUAGCUGGGGCGCUCGGCGCGCGGGGAUCAACCCGCCGCGGAGCAGAGGGCGAACGACAAAACCGCCCGCCCACAGCGGGGAAGAGCAAAUCGCCCCUCAAGUCCCGGAUAGCCGCAGUCGCGCGGUCCAUAAAGCACGGGCUGCACAGCCCCGCCGCUGGCGCCAUGGGGGGAGGCGGAGGCAUGUUCCGCGGAGGGGGAGGUGGCAUGGGGAUGGGGGGGUUGCGGGGGCGUUGGGCGGAGGGGGAGGCGCGGAGGCGGGAGGGGCUGGCGCGGGGGGGAGCCGCAGGCACAGGCGCGCAAUCUCAGUGGAUUUCAAUCAGGCGCCGGUUUUCACCGCGGCUUCCCCCCGUGAGGGGCCGGCGGAAGGGGCGGAGCCAGAAGAGGGGGAUCCCUCCCUGUCACUCUCCCCCCCCCAUGCGCUAUACGCCUCUGGCGCAGACCCUGUAUUUGACGCCAUGUCUCCCCGCCUGCUCACCCCCAAGGGUUUCAGCACUGGGUUCGGCGCCGCUGCUGGCCCCGGGCCUGCUGGCUCGGGGAUGCUAGGCUCGGCAGCGCCAGGCUCGGGCGCUGCUGCAGUGGCUGGGCGGCAGUUGGCAGGCCAGCACCGCCGGCACCACUCGUUUGCGGACCAGUCCUGGGCGGGAGGGAUAGGGGGAGGGGGGGCAAUGGAGUCCCCCAGGCGGAUGGGGAGCGUGGGGGGCGGGGGUAUUCUUCCGCCGCGCAGCCCUUUAACCAUGGGGGGAGGGGGCAGCGGGGCGUGGGGGGAUUAUCUAAACCUAGGGGAAUUUACCCCGUCCGCUUUACAAUCACCCAAGCCCCCGCGCUCGCCUUACCACAACGAAUUCUCUCAAGACAGAGCAGCAGCUGCGGCCGCCGCCGCUGCGGGGAAUGCGUCCGCCGCUACGGGCGCAGGCCAGCUCCCCCUCACGCCUGGGCGGAACCGCGCGCUGGUAGCGGCGCGCGGAGGCGGGGGAGGCGGGGGCGCGCUGAUGCGGGGCAGCGCGCGGGAGCGGCCGUCUUCUGGGAUUGACGAGGACGACGACGUGUGGGGCGCUGCUGCUGCAGUGGCGGGGGUAGUGGGGGGGGCAGGGGGGGCGGGCGGAGCAGGGGCGCGCGCGGGGGGCGCGUUUGAGCUGCGCAAGGCUGGCAGCAGCAGCCGAUUGGACCAGGCGCUACUGCCAGACCACCGCGUGCAGGGCUCGCUGGCCUUCAACCGCCUGCACUCCGCGCGCGACCCCCACGCCAGCCCCCCCGCGCCCGCCUUCCCCCUCACCCCCUCCGGCGCGCCUGGCAGGGCGCUCGGCGGAGGGUACGGCCGGGGUGGUGGCGGGAGAGGCGCGGAGAGGGGCGGGGCGGGAGCGGGGAUGGGCGCGGGGCGGGGGGGAAUGGGACGUAUGGGCGCUACUGCUGCUGGUGCUGGUGCGCGCAGCAGUGGGGGGGGCGCUAGCAGCGGCAGCAGGGGCGGGAUAGUGCCUGCAUGCUCCUCCCUAGAUAGUGCUGGACUGGACAACUCCCCUCUAGCUGUUCUCUCUCAGGGUUCUAUCCCCGAUCGCCCCAGCACUGCCUCUGGUCCUAGCGGUAGGCUCAGGGCAGCAGCAUGGGGGAGAGUGCGAGCGGAUGGGGGGAGGAGGGACGAGAGGGGGGGCGGCGUUGGGGGGUGGGAGGGGGGAGAGGGGGAAGGUGGGGAGGGGGAAGGGGAGGAGCGGGAGCUGCAGCAGCAGCAGCAGCGGCAGAUGAGGCAGGGACGAGGGCAGGCGACUGGCGGGGCUGGUGCACAGGGGCACGCAGGGCAGAAGGGGGGAGGGGUGCGGAGGGCAGGCAGCGUGGGGGGGGUGGGGGGGGAAGGGCCAGGUGGGGCGGAGGGGAUGCGGGAGGGGGAAGGUGGGGGAGUGGGGGAUGGGAUGCGGGUGGAGAGGCGGAACACAGUGGAUCCCCAUGCGGAGCAGUUUCUCAAGAGUCUGAGCCAGUACAUCAGCAGGGGGCUCACAGGGGAGCUGGGGACGUAUGCAGGCGAGGGGGAGGGCGAGAAGGGUGACGCCGAGGCCAACAUGUGGCAGGUGAUGAGCUCUGGCAGCAUGAGAUGGAGAGACUUCAUCCUGCGCAUGCCGUAUGACGAUGUGAAGAAGUUCUACUCUGUCAGCGCCACCAAGAUCGGCAGCGGGCGGUACGGCGUCAUUCGGACGUGUCUGAGCCGCAAGACCCGUGUGGUGCUGGCCUGCAAGACGAUCCGGAAGGACCAGGUCAAGUGUAUGGAGGACGCGGAGGACAUACGCACGGAGGUGAUCAUCCUGGGCAUGCUGCGCAACCACCCGGGCAUCAUCAGCCUGCACGACGCUUUUGAGGAUGCAAAGUACGUACACCUGAUAAUGGAGAUGUGUCGAGGGGGAGACCUGUUCGACCGGGUGAAGCUGCGGGGCCAGUUCAAGGAGACAGACGCGGCCAUCGUGUGCCGCUCGCUCGUGGAGGCGCUGCUGCACUGCCACUCCAACGGGGUGAUUCACCGCGAUGUGAAGCCCGAAAACGUGCUCAUGUGUGACAAGGACGUCGACACCAAGAUUAAGCUGAUUGACUUUGGCGUUGCCACCUUCUACAAGCGAGGCGUCCCCUGCACUGAGAGGGCAGGCACAGUGGAGUACACAGCACCGGAGGUGCUGGAUAAGAGCUACGGACCAGAGUGCGACAUCUGGAGCGCGGGAGUCGUCCUUUACAUCCUCCUCUGCGGCUUCCCGCCCUUCUGGGCAGCGACCAACGCUGAGCUGGAGCAGAGCGUGCGCGCGGCGGCGGUGGACUUCCGGCACCCGCGCUGGGCGGCCGUGUCGGACGGCGCCAAGGACCUCGUCAAGAGGAUGCUCACAAAGGACGUGAGGCGGCGGAUCUCUGCACUGGAAAUAUUUGCACACCCCUGGAUAAGAGCUGCCGAGAAGCAGCAGCGAUUAGACAGCAAAGCGCAAGCUGCAAAUGGUGACUCGUCCUAA